AUGAGGAGAGAGGGAGAGGUCAAGUUGGGGCGGCUCGGUCCGAGCCAGGCUAGCUCGGUCCGGCCCCCACCGCAGAUCUCCCCCACAAUUACAAGCCCACUCCACAAUCCAACUGAAUGUCACGGACACAUUUAAAUUUCAGGGCGCCCCGUAGAGUAGGGAAUCACACCGCCGGUUAAUUUAUCCAUGACAACAUCUUCCUAUCCAUAUCUGGGAAGGCGAUAAAUUUUCAAAAUCAUGUGGGGUUGGAUUGAGAGGAAAGGGAGAGGCUGUUUCCGAUGAUCAGCAGAAAGAGGAUAUCAACCAAGAUAACGGAGGAUCAUGAGUUGGAGGAUGCUGUCUAGUUUCCUGAGGUGUACUGCUGGGCCAGUUAUUUACUGUGCCAGUUGCUGGAGUCAACGUGUGUGUGCUGUUUGGAUUGUAAAGACCCAUAAAGUCUUAAAAAAGAAGCUGAGCACUACAACAUCUUUAUUAAUAAAAACAGAACAGGUUUUCACCAGAGCUGGAAAUUUUGCAGAAAGACUUGCAAUUGUAGAUGAUAAUGGUCAUUACACGUACAGAGACCUGUAUCUAUACAGUCUGGCCCUUGCAAGAAAGAUUCAUUCUGCACUAGGAUGUCUUGAUGGUGACAUCAAGGAGCAAAGAAUUUCAAUCCUGUGCCCUAAUGAUGUCUCAUAUGUUAUUGCUCAGUGGGCAUCUUGGAUGAGUGGUGGCGUGGCUGUGCCCCUGUGCAAAAAGCAUCCAGCUCCAGAACUUGAGUAUGUUGUUCAGGACUCUCAGAGCGCGUUAAUUAUUGUGGAAAAGAAUUAUUUAGAGUUAAUGACCCCAGUCGCUGACAGACUAGGUGUGAAGUGCCUUCAGUUACCGGAUUACAGUCAGUUCCAAGAAUCUUCUGAUAAUGAACACCUGGAAAAAUAUGUUGCUGCUCCUGUGCCAGAUGCUGGUUUUGUUGUCACAGACUGGAAAGAUAGGGGAGCCAUGAUACUGUACACGAGUGGGACAACAGGGCGCCCUAAAGGAGUCCUCACCACCCACGGAAUACUAUGCCAUCAGGUAACCUUCCUUUGCUGUCUACCAACUUGGUUUGUGCUGGUUACCUGGAGUUAUAUUCACGUGGAAUUCACUGCUAAUGCCACUGUGGGAGAGGGUGAAAGUGAAUAAUGGAGGAUUGUGACCUGAUCUACCAUGAUUACAGCUGUUACUGAGAUCAGGACAGUGUAUUCUGAAGCCUCCAAGCAUACUGGUGUGCAGAAGGAAGGCACUUUGUUGACCUAAUAAUUCAGACCCUCACUCUGCAAUCAGAUGCCACUUCUAAAUAUUACAUUUUUGCUUGAGUUUUCCCAGUGUCAGUGAAAAGGACGUGUGGUACCCCACUAGUCAGUGUCUGCUAUUCAGAAAACAAAAAU